ACAGAGUAAUGGUUGGUAUACCAGAGGUGGCCUGGAACAUAAUGGGGAGUGUGUGGGUGUUGACGGGUCAGGUCCACUGUAAGCCUGACACUGCUCUGCCUCUCUUAAUGCAAGCUCUUGUGAUCUACACUUGGGUGGCUAUUGGACUAAUUAUUAUUGGGAUCCUGUUGCUGUUUGACCCAAUGAAGCGACCCAGCAGGCAAGGGCUUGUGGAAAGUGGCUCCUUAGGGAGUCACUACAUUCAGCUGUGGGAAAAACGCUGUCGCUUCCUCUGUUGCGUGAGGUCUGCCGAUGAAAACAGCUCCGAAGCCUUCAAGAAUGUUGCAGAUGUGUUUGCCUCUCUGUUUGAGGACAGUGACUUGGUGGCAUCAGACCUGGCAGCAGCUCUGGUCCUGCUGAGGCUCAAGAGGAAGCAUGAGGAGCGUCAGGAGGAGUCCUUCAGGAAGACCAACCUCCAUAUGCCCAUUUGUCGCUCCUCCACGGCCAGCAUUGGUGCUCUGCAGGAUGAGGGAGGACUGCCGCACCAGCAGUCACCUCGCCCGGAGUGGAUGAAAGUCGGCAGCGCUCACCACUUUAUGAAAUUUGCCCUGGCAUCGUAUGGCUGGCCAUGGUUUGUGUAUGGGAGGUUUUGUCAGGCGUGCUGCUCCCUCUGGUCCCACUUACACUGCUGUACGUGUUGCAGAGCAGCGCCAAAUUACGUGAUGCAGGACAACUGUUGUUUGUGCCACACUGCAGCACUCAGGGCCAUCACAGGCCUCACGGAGGAAAACAUCACCUACAUCACCUUCCACAACAAGAUAUAUGAGGUGCCAUUUUUUGUUGCCAUUGAUGAUGAAACACAGAACGUGGUGGUGGCCAUAAGAGGAACCCUCUCCCUGCACGAUGCAAUCACCGACCUCAACGCUCAGUGUACUAAUGUGUGUAUUGAAGGGCUGCCUGAGAGUUGCCUGGCCCACAAGGGUAUGGUACAGGCAGCGAGGUUUGUGCUCAGAAGACUAGAUGAAACGAGAGCAUUGGCUGAAGCAUUCGCUGCCCGCAGUGGCUAUGGUCUGGUCAUUACUGGACACAGCUUGGGUGCAGGUACGGCGGUGGUGCUGGCAUCACUCAUGAGGCCUCAGUACCCCAAUCUGAAGUGCUUUGCGUUCUCCCCCCCUGGAGGUCUCUGCUCAAAGGAAUUUGCUCUGGCUACUCAAAACUUCGUAAUGUCUGUAGUGGUCGGAGAUGAUCUGGUGCCUCGUCUCUCGAUGAAUUCCCUCCAUGAUCUCCGUCACAAGAUAAUGUGUGUCUUAGAUACCUGUCGUCAACCUAAG